AGCAUCAAAUCAAAAACAUAUUAGAGCCCUCUCAAUUAUAGUGAUGAUGUCGUGGGCAUUGUGCAUUUGGGUGUCUCUACUUGUGACAAGCUUCACAACUUGGGUUUACAAAUGGAGGAACCCUAAAUGCAGUGGGAAGCUUCCACCAGGUUCUAUGGGCUUACCACUUCUUGGUGAAACGAUUAGUUACUUCAAACCCAACACAACUUCAGACAUCCAACCAUUUAUCAAAGACAGGAUUAAGAAGUACGGACCAAUAUUCAAGACUAGCAUUGUGGGGAUACCAGUAAUUGUAGCAACAGAUCCUGAUUUUAGUUAUUUUGUGCUCAACCAAGAAGGCCAAUGUUUCAAGAAUUGGUAUCCUGAUACUUUCACUAAGAUCUUUGGAAAUCAGAAUCUCGCAACCUUACAUGGGUUCGUAUAUAAGUACCUCAAGCAUAUGAUCUUGAGUCUUUUUGGCCAUGAGAGUCGCAAGAAGAUGCUUCCUGAAAUUGAAGAAAAUGUUUGUAACAAGUUAGAGCUCUGGUCAACUCAAAACUCAACUGAGCUGAAAGAUUCAACAGCAAGCUUGAUAUUGGAUCUCACUGCUAAAAAGUUGAUGGGCCUUAAUCCAGGCAAGUCCUCAGAAAAUCUAAGGGACUGCUUUGCUUCAUUCGUUGAUGGUUUGAUCUCGUUCCCUAUCAACAUCCCGGGGACAGCUUAUCACAAGUGCCUAGAGGGUAGGGAAAGGGCAAUGAAAAUGUUGAGGGAUAUGCUUCAGGAGAGGCGAGAGAAUCCAAGGGAGAAUCCAAGUGAUUUCUUUGAUUAUGUCAUUGAAGAGCUUAAGAAAGAAGGAUCACUUCUGACAGAAGAAAUUGCACUAGACUUGAUGUUUGUCUUAAUUUUUGCCAGCUUCGAGACAACAUCUUAUUCAUUAACUUUAGCCAUCAAGUUCCUCUCAGACAACCCUUUAAUCCUAGAACGUCUAACGGAAGAGCAUGAGGCAAUUCUAAGAAACCGUGAAGAUGCUAACUCUGGACUUACUUGGAAAGAAUACAAAUCAAUGACUUACACAUUUCAGUUCAUAAACGAAACAGCGAGACUAGCAAAUUUAGCUCCUGGAAUCUUCAGAAAAGCCUUAAUAGAUACCCAAUAUGAUGGUUAUUUAAUUCCAGCUGGUUGGACAGUGGUGGUAUGUCCUCCAGCUAUACAUUUGAAUCCAGACAUCUAUGAAGACCCUCUUGUCUUCGAUCCAUCUAGAUGGGAAGGAUCAAAAUAUACAAAUGCAUCAAAGACAUUCAUGGCAUUUGGUGGAGGAAUGAGAUUCUGUAUCGGAACUGACUUCAGCAAACUCCAAAUGGCAGUGUUCCUUCAUAGCUUGGUCACAAAAUACAGAUGGGAGGAGAUCAGUGGAGGAAACAUAUGUCGAAGUCCUGGAUUGCAAUUUCCAAAUGGCUAUCAUGUUAAACUCGAGAAGAAAGAGAUCUAGAGAAAGUUAGAUGGAAGCAAAGGAAGAACAAUCUACAAGACCUAAAGAUGCAUAAUAUAAUUAAAAGUGUGUACUAUUAAGUAAAGGAAUUAAUUUCCUACUUAAGCUUAUGUUAUACCUUUAAUAAAGAUUGUUAAUGCCAUUGUAACAAAACCAGUUUUCUUAUCUAUUACAAAGUUGUGUU